CCUGCCGAGGAAGACAGGAACGCAGACCUGGGCUGUCUGUGGCUGUGGGUCUCUCACCUGCCCCUGCUGUCUGCCUACACGCCCAGCCCGGAUGGUGUUCCCGAGCAUGCUCACUUAGCAGUCAUUUGGGGACUGUCCCUUCUCCCUCUGACCUGCCAAGCUUGUGGGCAACUGCUGUGAAAUUCGCCAGGAAGUCACCUGCCCCCCCCCGAGACAACAGGUUGGCCUUUCAAGGCUCCCCCAAGGACUUUGCAGUGCAGUGCCAAGGUUGCGGUGCCUCCAGAGACUGACUGUGGAGCUCUGGGCCCCCCGCUGUCUGGUGCACGGCUGUACCUGCCCUCAGCUCCGGGCCGGACACCCCAGAAGCAGGAAGUUUGCCUGGGACGUUGACUUUCCAGUUCUGGAAGCUGGCAGUCCAGGAUGAUCUUGUCUAAUUCCACAGCUGCAAUGCCCUUCCUGGUCACUGUGUGGCAGGGGACAGUUCAACCAGGCAGCAAUGCAUCUGGCUUGGCCCGCAUAUCUCCUCUUCGUGAUGACAGCAAGCUGGAGGCGCUCUACAUCCUCAUGGUGCUGGGAUUCUUUGGCUUCUUCACUCUGGGCAUCAUGCUGAGUUAUAUCCGCUCCAAGAAACUGGAGCACUCCCAUGACCCCUUCAAUGUGUACAUCGAGUCAGAUGCCUGGCAGGAGAAGGACAAGGCAUUGUUCCAGGCCCGAGUUCUGGAGAGCUGCAGAGAGUGUUACAUCAUCGAAAACCAGCUGGCUGUAGAGCAGCCCAACACAUACCUACCUGAGCUCAAGCCUUCCUCAUGAAUGCCACAACUGGUUAAAGUGGACAUGCUCCACAUGAUAAACCGAUGUUUCUAAUCACAUACACCCCAUAGUCUUUAUUAUAUGGCUGCCUCUGGGUUUCUUUUGUAAUGUUUAGGGCCUGGGAGGGAUUAAUGACACUAUUUUCCUAAAAUCACAUUCCUUCUACAGUAGACUGUUAAUUGUUCCCCAGUAUCUACCAUUGCCUUGUUAUAUCUAGCAGAAUUCCUGACCAUGGCCUCCAAAUAUAUGGGCUGCAAGCUGGACAUGGUGAGUGCCUUAGUUACUUUUUUCAUUGC